GCAUGCGCCCUGAGCACGUGGAUCCGGAGAGACCGACCGCAGCCAGUGUUUGUGAAAACGAUGGGUCUUACCAAGCAGUACCUGCGCUAUGCCCCCAGCGCGGUGUUUGGAGUGAUUGCCAGUCAGAAAGCGAAUGUCGUCUUUGUCACCUUGCGAGGGGAGAAGGGGCGUUAUGUGGCUGUUGGGGCUUGCGAGCAUGUCUUUAUUUGGGACACCCGCAAAAGUGAGAAGGUUCUCAUCCUCCGGGGUGUGAAACACGAGGUCACCUAUCUGUGUGCGUCCCCUGACGGACUUUCGCUGGCUGUGGGCUACGAGGACGGAUCCAUUCGGAUUUUCAGCUUGCUGAGCGGAGAGAGUGGAAUUACAUUUAACGGACACAAGGAGGCAGUGACCACUAUGAGCUAUGAUCACCUGGGGGGCCGUCUGGUAUCAGGAUCCAAGGACACGCAUGUGAUUGUGUGGGAUGUGAUUAAUGAGAGUGGUUUGUAUAGACUGAAGGGACACAAGGAUGCUAUCACACAGGCUGUAUUCCUCAAAGAGAGGAACCUCCUCGUCACCAGUGGUAAAGACACGUUGGUGAAAUGGUGGGAUCUGGACACACAGCAUUGCUUCCAGACCAUGGUGGGACACCGCACGGAGGUCUGGGGGCUCGCGGUCCUCUCAGAAGAAAGCCGUGUUCUGACUGGGUCUGCCGACAGCGAGCUGAGAUCCUGGCGUGUUUCAUACAUAAAAGAGAGUGACGUCACGGAGGGUCCGCAGACUAAGAGAACCAAAGGUGUGUCCGCAGGGGAGGAAGAGGAAGCGGAGGACGUGGAGGAGGUCCCAGAACAGCGCAUCUUGACCUGUGGCAGCUAUGGUUCCAUAAUGCGAGAAGGAAGGGACCGGGUGGUGACGCUGCGGACAGACCAAACAAAGCGGUUCCUGGCCUGUCACGGCACGGACUCUGUCCUGGAAAUAUUUUGUGUCCUGAAUGAAGAGGAAAUACACAAGAAACUGGAGAGAAAGCUGAAAAUUGCCAGGAAGAAAGCAAAUAAGAAAGCCCAGAAAGGAGAAACUCCAGAGGAGCCUGUGAUUGAGAGAACUCUUCAAGAUGAAAUCCAGAAAAUCAGCAACAUCAAAGCUUCUUCUAAAAUAAAAUCAUUCGAUUUACUCGUGUUUCCAAAGGGGAUGGUGAAAGUGGUCAUUCUCCUCCAGAACAACAGUUUAGAGUGCUUCUCGCUGCCGUCAGAGCCCACGCCAGCUGCUCUCACGGAGGUCACCAAGAGUUUGCAGCUCACCAUUGGGGGGCACCGGAGUGAUGUGCGCACGCUAGCAUUCAGCUCUGACAACAUUGCCGUGCUCUCAGCGUCAGCCGAAGCUGUCAAAAUCUGGAACAGGUCCACCCUGCAGUGUAUCCGGACUAUGCCGUGUGAAUAUGCCCUGUGCUCCCUCUUUGUCCCUGGCGAUCGACAUGUUAUUGUGGGAACGAAGUCUGGAAAGCUGCAGAUCUUUGACCUGGCCUCAGGAAAUCUCCUGGAUUCGGUGGAAGCUCAUAAUGGGGCAUUAUGGUCUAUUUCUCUGUCACCUGAUCAGAGAGGCUUCGCCACAGGAGGUGCAGAUAAAUGUGUGAAGUUUUGGGAGUUUGAGUUGGUGAAUGAUGAGUCUGAUGCACAGAGCAGUCGGCGUCUAUCGGUGAAGCAGACACGAGUAUUGCAGUUGGAUGAGGACGUCUUGUUCAUACGUCACAGCCCAGACAGCCGCUUCCUAGCAGUGUCCCUGCUGGACUGCACAGUCAAGAUCUUUUUUGUUGACACUCUGAAGUUCUUCCUGUCACUGUACGGACACAAGCUUCCUGUGCUCUGCCUGGACAUCUCCCAUGACAGCUCCAUAAUAGUCACUGGCUCCGCCGAUCGGAAUAUCAAGAUUUGGGGUUUGGAUUUCGGAGACUGUCAUCGCUCCCUCUUUGCCCAUGAUGACAGUGUCAUGUUCCUCCAGUUUGUUCCAAAGACUCACCUGUUCUUCAGUGUCGGGAAGGACCGGAAGGUCAAGCAGUGGGAUGCUGACCACUUCCAGCAGGUGCAGGUGCUCGAGGGCCACCAUGGAGAGAUCUGGUGUCUGGCUGUCAGUCCAAACGGGGAUCACAUUGUGUCGUCAUCGCAUGAUAAAUCUCUGCGACUCUGGGAGAGAACAAGGGAACCCCUGAUUCUGGAGGAGGAGAAAGAGAUGCAAAGAGAAGCAGAAUUUGAGGAUAGUGUGGCCAAAGGCGAACAGCCGGUGGUUGCUGGAGAGCGUGAAGGUGAGGUUAGCCUCGCAGGGAAGAAAACCAUUGAGACCAUUAAAUCGACUGAGCGCGUUAUGGAGGCUAUUGACCUGCACAGAGAGGAGAGUGCUAAAAUAGAGGAGCAUCAAGCCUUCUGCAAAAGUGCCGGGAAAGAGUUUCCCCGCAGAACUCAUCCCAUCCUACAAGCGUUUGGAAAUAUCUCACCCUCAGAUUAUGUUCUGGAUGUUUUCAAGAAGGUAAAAUCCAGCGAGCUGGAAGAGGCGCUCCUCGUUCUGCCAUUCUCCUAUGUGCCGGAUGUCCUCACUUUGUUCAGGGAUUACAUUCGACGUGGUCAGGAUGUGGAGCUGAUCUGUCGCUGCCUUUUCUUCCUUUUGAGGAUCCACUUCGGACAGAUAACCAGUAACCACAUGCUUCUUGGGGUAAUUGAAGAUCUGAAAAAUUGCACAAUCUCGCGGGUGUCUGAAGAGCGGGAUGUGAUGGGGCUGAACAUGGCCGGCCUGCAGUUCCUGAAGAGAGAGAUCGAGGCUAAAGAAGAAGUCUUGUUUUUUGCAGAUGCCACGGAGAGGUUUGAGGAGAAAAAGCGGAAAAGGAAAAAGAAUGAGAAGCUAAUUCUUACUGUUGCUUAGUUCACAUUGGACAAGAGGACAUUGUUCCGAUCCAUUCCUAGUAUAAACCAAUCUCUCAGAGAAAGCCACACCCUAAAGGAAAUGGAGAGCUGCGAUUGGUUCAGACUGCUUUUUACCAUUUAAUGCCCAACGUGUCACAAAUGGAGUGACCUUUCACCUGUAUGACUUGACCAUCAUUGGGAAACAAACACGCCUUUAAAAUAAACGUUCUUUUAUUUUUUUAUGUGAAGAUCCACGUAAGUGUUUGUUAAGAAUAAAAGACAGAGGAACAGUUGGUGAGCAGAGAUAUGCUCUGAAUCAAAAGAUAAGGAAGCACAUUCAAUUGCAGUUUAUACCGGAUGCACUGAAGCAAACCCAGAAUAACAGAACAGGAAUAGUCUCCAGGCACUCAGUGGAUCCAAUAAACCUGCCUCUGGCUUGAGAUUGUUUCUGUUCUUUGUUAGCAGAGCUUACAUUCUACCAUUUCAUUUAUUUACCCUCCCUGCUUAUGGAGAUGCUCUUAUUACCUAUAUUUGGUCAUUUCUCUCCCUCCCCUGAGCUAACUGGAUAAAUUGAGUUUAUUAGUUGUAGUAUUUGGAAGGGGUACUUGUAGUUUAAAGGGUCUGUUGCCAGCUCUAACACUUUCUUAUUAUGUUAUAAAUGUUGAGCAAAGCGUGUGUGGAUGGAUCACUGUGGAUGGAUUCUUUGAAUUUCCUUUCCAUGAACCGAUCCUCUUUUAUUAGGAAAUCCAUAAUACAGUCUUCCUUUAGAUAAUAAAUGCUGACAGAUGGUAUUCUCUCUCGUUUAGAACAUAUGAACGGAUGCAUGGUUCACAAUCAUUAAGAAUAUAUUAUUUUAUUGGAAUGUAGUGCAGGUUCCUGGUCAGAAGUCUGCAGUCCGCACUGGAAUUGAAAAAAGAGAGGUUAUAAAUGUGCGUUGGGUGAAACACAAAACAAACCCACUCGGUACAUCUUAUUGGCUAGCCUGUUGGGUCCAAUUGAUCGUGUCCUAACUAUAAAUAGGAGGUAGUUUGAGCCGUUAGUCUGAGUCACAUUGUG